AUGAGCAAGUCUACUGGACCUGGACCUGUCGCGCUGGUGCCGCACUCAAGCGAAAUAGAUGUCGUUCUUGCGACCAGCGGAGAGAGUGGCGAUUUUUUCCAGUCGUGGUACGAUGUCUUGAGGCCGUACCACAUCAUCGUGGUUCAGACGGGUCCCGAGGCAUCCGCGAAGCUGAGAGCACCACCUGGACUUGAUGUUGAAUCGUUCACAAGGAGCGAUGUCAAGCGGAUGCUGGGAAACCGUUCUGCAUGCAUCUCUUCGAAAGACAGUGCAUGCCGAUGCUUUGGGUGGCUUAUUUCGAAGAAGAGGUUCAUUUACACACUGGCCGACGACUGCUACCGUUUGAAGGGCUUUCCGGCUCCAGGAUUGGAGUUGGAUCCGGUGUUGAAGCACAUUCAGAAUCUUCAAAGACCAGCAACACCACUCCACUUUAACACUCUUUACGAUCCGUUUGAGGACUCCACGGAUUUUGUCCGUGGUUAUCCUUUCAGUCUGCGGGAGGGUGUCAGGACUGUUAUAUCUCACGGCCUCUGGCUGAAUAACCCCGACUACGACGCUCCGACUCAGCUUGUCAAGCCGAACGAGCGCAAUCUUCGCUAUGUAGACUGCGUGCAAACCAUUCCCAAAGGUGCUUUGUUUCCUAUGUCAGGAUUUAACCUCGCUUUUGACCGUGAGGUCAUUGGGCCCGCGAUGUACUUUCCUCCCAUUGGUGAAGGACAACCUUUCGGCUUUCAUGAUGAUAUGUGGGCUGGAUGGUGCUCGAAGGUUAUAUGCGACCAUUUGCGGUAUGGUGUGAAAUCAGGGCUUCCCUACGUUUGGAGGCAAAAAUCCGCAAAUGCGUUCGCCUGCUUGAGGAAGGAGUACAAGGGCAUCUUCUGGCAAGAGGAGAUUGUACCAUUCUUCCAAUCCAUGCAGCUACCUGCUGAAGCUUCAACGGUGGAGGCAUGCUACCUUGAAAUUGCCAAACAGGUGAGUGGAACCUUAUCGUGUGUAACAGGUGGUGCUUCCUGCUUUAUUUCCUGCCUUUCUUCCUGA